AUGCUAUGCCUGAGCUUCUUGGGUAUUGUAAAUGAAGUAUGUGGUUGGCCACACGAUGACAGGCUCGGCUCUUACAUCCUUCACAUUUGUUUCAAGUCAUCAGCCAUGGCCAAUGCAGAAGCCGAUACACUGAACAUUUCGGCACAGCAUGGCAGGCAUCGCGAUCAGUUGACAUGUUGCGACCGUGUGACGCGCAAAAUCUUUGAACAUGGCACAAACAAUAUUCAAAUUCCAGCGAAUGCCAUGCCAUUCGACGCCUGCAGGAUGACAACAACCAACACGGUUUCCUUCUCAGUCGACGCCUGUGGCAACGACGAGAAGCAGUGCGAGAAGGAAACGAUGAUUGACGCUUCGUAG